CUUCAAGAUGGUGAAAUACGACGAUAUUGUGGGAAGUGGGCGCGUUUUGGAGCCUUUGACCCCAGCAGUGCUAAGGGGAAAUUGGGUUUGUCCUGGAUGUGACGGAGGAAGGCAGGUCUGUGGAGGCAUGUCGAUUCGAUGGCCGAACCUCGUCACGUACGGCGGUUGGUCAAUGCCUUGUCCUGCCUGUCUUGGUUUCGACUUGGCAAGCGAGGCGAAGGCCUUAUGGAGGUCGUACGGAAUGACUGACGAUGACCAAGAGUUGGUCGAGCUCUAUGCCCAAGUCAACGCCUUUCUGCCAGCGCACGAGCACAUGUGACGACAGUUCCUCGGACGAUUCGUAUGGUUCUGAGCCACCGUAUCAAGUCGUCACUAUCGUUAUCCCCCCGUCUCCCUUCAACCUUACUGUCGUAGUCGACUAGCUCUUGCCUGGCACGAACUUCGUUUUCUCCCAUACGCUGACAUGUAUUGUUUAAUCGCGCCUCUCUUGUCUGAUAUGGACCUGGCCUUAGUACAGCCGCCUGGCUCGUCGCUCUCGAAUUCGUUAUACUCAUACGGCGGACAU